ACGUCACCACCCGCUGCUCCGACGUCCCCUACGCCAGUUGCUCCCCCGCACCGCCUUGUCCGCCACUAAUGGCGGCCUUUAGCCCCAUAGCCAUAGGCCACCCACGCGACGCCGCAGCUUACUCGGCGGCCGACGCGGCCGCAUAUACGCCACGGCUCACUGUCCGCUGCGCCUCCCCCUCUCCCCACGGCGCGCGCGCGCCAGGAUUGGCUCAUUUUCGCUGGCCGGGGAGGAGGGGAUUCCCCGUGACGGUGGCCGCGCGGAAAUUCGCUCCGCCUCCCGUGCUGUGUGCGGCGCCUUCAGCCCACACGUUUUCCUUUUGAUUCCCGCGGAUCGGCGGAUGCGGAGGCCGCCGUCGGGAUGGGGACGGGGAUGUUGCCGGGUUGGCAAAGUAGUGGGGCUGCUUGGCACUUGAUCCAUUCUUUCCUGGCAGUGGUGGCGCAAGUGGCCGGCAGGACAGGUGCCCGGCGCCGCCGGCGCUGCAUCUAGCUGCUUCUCUGCGAGUGGCCGGGUUCUUUUAAGCCUUGGCUGGUUGCUGUUUCUCGCCGCGGAGGCGUUCCGGGCUGAUCUCGCGCGUGCCUGGGGAGAAGAAGCCAGCGGUCGCUGAGUUAGUUCAAGUCUCCUCUUCUGCGUUCUGUCUCCUUAAUAGUGGUUGCUUGUUCCGCUUUGCUGUGUAGAUUUUGCUUGAAUUUUGGGCUCUUUAUUAUACGAACCGCAGCAUUACCAUGCCAACUUCGCUGAGGACGGCACUAAUAGCAUCUUCUUUUGUAAGCACUUCUCCUGCUUCGUAUAGCAAAUGAAGAAUUCUCUUCUAGUCCUCUUGGAUUGAGGUUUUGGGAUUUCGGGUGAGUAUUAAGGCGUCUCUUUUGUCAAGUGAUUCUUGGGACAACCGUGUACCUUGGAUGUACAAGUUUCGCCACUGUCCUUUGUUGAUGUUGCAUAACACACUCGACAGCAAGCCUUGCCUGCAAUAAGAACCUCGUAAACGUGCGAAGAUUAUUUGUCGCAGUUAGUGCUAGUCCUAAUUUCAUGUUCAAGGAUAUUACAACACUUCUGCACCUCUGCUUUGUAUUUUGACUAACUGAUAUAUUAAUUCCUUGAAGUGCGAUUCUUUAAUGAAGCUACUAAUACUACUUUGUUGGUAAUAUUGCCAUCAGCUUGUUUUCUUGAACUAAAGCUGAUGACUUGUACUUUCUGCAGCUCUAGUUUUUGUUUCAUUGUUGAUACGUUGUGGAUUCAUUCAAGACGGUAAUGCAUAAUUUUCAAAAAAAAAGAUGGUAAUGCAUAUACUAUUUUACAAUUUCUGAUAGUACAACUUGAUGUUUGGUUGGGUGUAGGUUUAAUAUUGUGCAAAGAGCAAUUUACAAUUCAAUAUAUAAAAAUAUGAUAGAAUGAACUGGAGAGUGGAGAUAGUCUUUGACUUACUUUUGAUAUGAAAAUAUUUCAUGAGUUUAUUAUUCACAGAAGGGAUAAGCUAAAUGAAAAAAAAACAUGGCUGGGGGGGGGUGUGAAAUGGCCCCCACCGUAUUUCAUUAAGAGGAAGCGACCACGGCUUCUCCGACCGCGGAAAAACCCCCCGAACCCUGGCCCAUGCCCACAAGGGCCAUGCCUUGCGGCGAGCACAGCGAGGGGGAUAAACUAAAUGAACAUGUCGACGAAUCUUUAGAAUAAAACAAGAAAAGAACGUUGAUGUUUCAUUUUUCGCUUCUAACAAGUCUUUUGUUUAAAGGAAAUUCAAAUAGAGAUUGAACUAUAGUAGAAUUGUUUGUGAAAUUUCUAGCGCCAGUAAUUGUUAUGAUUCUUGCAAUACUCUCUGCCUUCCACUCUUGGUUGUACCUUCUUCACUUGGCAUAUAUAUUGCUUCACUUUUUUAGCGAAGUCUUCAAUUUGAGCUAAUCUCCAUUCUUUCCAUUCUGACAGAACAUUCAAGCAAAUUUAUGAAACUGCACUGCACUUGGAAGCUGUAACCAUGUCAGAUUGCCCUGCCAAAAUAUUUGGAGAGAAAGAGUUUCAAAUUCUGUCGAGUGAAAGAGAUCUUGGUUUACCUUGUGAGCUCAUCAAAGCUAGAGUGUCUGAAAGACUGAUGCUUGGAGUGCGCAAUACAGGUGCAUCUGCAGAGAAUACACAUCAGUUUAGUUCUAAGACGUGGGGCAUAACUCAUAAUGUUUGCCAAGGAGUUGAAUACAAGAAUGUUGAUCGAGUUGGUACACCUUUUGGAAGUUCCACGAUGCAAAAAAAUAUGAACUUAUAUUCUGCUAAUACAGUGGUAUCAGAAAGAUUUUCUUUUCAUAAGCUUUCAGAUAUAUCUGUGAAUUCUCAUAAAGUUUUGAGCUCAGACAAUCUGAGAAUGGAGUGGGAUCACUUCCCCAUGUUUGAAAUUAACCGAAAGAUUGACAGUAUACUUAAUCCAAGGCGCACUGCAUUUGGUACUUCACCUGAUAAGUCUUUUGUUCAGCAGAAAAAAUUGAAGGUAAACAUGUCUACAUCUAAUGUGAUGGCAUUUUCAUCAAAGGAAUAUCAGUUCCAUCCACUUCAAAUAGCUGAUGAGAAUAUAAGUAAGUGCAUAUCUACAGGUGGCAUCCUGUCUCACCAAGAUAAACAUAUUGGUCUCAAUUUUGAUCAGGCUGGGAAAAAACUGAAAGGUCAAUUAUCAAUUGAAGAGUCAAACUCUUGCAGCAAGAAUGAGACUGAUCCAUCAUGUUCAAUGACAGACAAGCUCUGUGCUAGCAAUCUUAAUGUGAAUGCAAAGGAAGCACCUUGCAGAAAAGAGAACGAAAAUGCUGAAGGUACACUCCUGGAAAUGAAAUUAGGAGCAUUAGGAGGAUGCCCUAAGCAACAAGAUUUUGAGAGAGUAGCACAUCAUGGCUCAUUGCUUGGUAGAGAAUGUGAGAUGCGACAGAUCAAUGCUUCUACCACCAGUAAAGGGGGUGAUGUGGGAACUAGUGAUCGUGGUAUGGUCUUUGGUAAUCUAUCACAGAGUGAACAUGAGAAUCUGCAUGCACAGAGAGUGAUUUCUGCAACGAAGUCGACAGAAUCAUGCGACCUACCUGGUAAAGUUGAAAGCACACUGGCAAUGAAGAGUAGGGUUGAAACAUUGGCCCUUGGGAAACCACCAAAGGACAUAUUGACAGAUGGCAAGCAAAAAGUUCCCUGCUUAUUUGAAAUGCUAACACUACCUUCCAUAUCUUCAGGUAGAUCUUGUGGCAACAUGGGUAGUUGUUCGCUGGGAGCGCAGAAACAGUUCGCAACUAAGACUGAUACUUUGUAUGGUGGCACACAUCAUGCAUCAGGCUUCGCUUCAACGUCAAUACACAAGGUAUUACACCAGCUUGGUGUUUGCAACCAUAAAAGUGACUCUGGCUGUCCAAACACGGCAAAAUCUGAGCAGAUAGCAACUUCAUCUAUCAGAGGAGUAUCAAGCUGCAGUGGAGGACACGAAACUCUCAACACGAGUGCAGGGAAUCACAGGUCUUGUCUGAAAGAAUCGUGCACCAAUAAGCAAGAAUGGAGCAUGUCAAAGACAUCGAACAUGAACCUAGAUCUAGUUCUUUUUCAGAUAAGCAGAAUGAGGAAUCCAAUUUCCAGUGCUCUAAUUGAGUCACCAGUAUGUUCGGAGCCAAGUGACAGGUGGCUCAAACGCCUGCAAAAUGGUAUAUUGGAUCCUCAUUUGCCUUGUUCCAAGAGAUCAAAGAUUGGAGAUGGUCCACCACCUGGAGGAGCAUGUACCGUCUUUGGUUCAGAGCUUAAUUUUGACAUGGGAAAAGCUGACAUGAUCAACCAGGGGAAGGAGGUCCAGGUAAGGUAUGGAAGAUUGAUUAACCAACAAAAUCUAGAAGCCUCUCUUAUUUCGGCAAAAAGUCUUAACAGCUGGAUAGGAAGAUGGUGCCAAGGUGGCACCCCUAUUUACCAUGGCUCUUCAAAUGUUGAAAAGCAAACACCAAAAUUUAAUAUGCCACCUGAUGAUCUUGAAGGCCAGUUUCCAAGCAUUGCUGCAAUGGCGAUGAUGGGGCGAGCAAUGAACAAACUGCGGCCUUGCGAACUUCAGAAAAGGGGACCUUCGGUAGUGUGGAAGACACAAGGGCUGUGACAUUUUAGAAGUGUGCUUUUUCCCCCCUGUCCACUAGCUGUGCCUGUCAGCAGAUAUCUGCAGGUAAAAAAGACGUGUUGUUAAACUGAUUAUAAUGUGUGAUUGCCUAGUCUAUUCUUUGUCCUAAAUCUUACUUCUUCUAUUUAUAGUGUCUCACAUUCUAUUCUAUUAUGCAUUAAAUUUUGUCAGUUGUCUUCUGUGUUCCAUGAAAAACAAGAUCGUAACAUUAAUGGACAGUAUAAGCAGGCCUUUA